GUGAAAGGUCGGGCCCGGGCAGCCGGCAGCAGCUUCAGGAGAUGAGCGGAGCGGCUUUAUUCCGUGUGAGCGCGUCUCGCCUGCUCUCGGCCUCGGGGAAGCGCGGCGCCGGGAGCCUGCUCCCCGCAUGCUGUCACCGCCGCGGCUUCAGGACUGACGGCCGGAGUCUGGCUUACGCCAAGGAUUUGUUUUUGGGUAAAAUUAACCAGAAAGAAGUUUUUCCCUACCCAGAAAUCAGUAAAGAAGAGUUGGAGGAGAUUAGUCAACUUGUUGCACCUGUGGAAAAGUUUUUCAAUGAAGAUGUUGAUUCAAAGAACAUUGAUUUGGAUGCAAAAAUUCCACCAGAAACCAUGAAAGGACUCAAAGAGCUGGGUCUCUUUGGACAGCAGAUUCCUGUGGAGUAUGGUGGCCUUGGCCUGUCAAACACCAUGUACGCACGAAUUGGUGAGAUCACUUCUUUGGAUGGGUCCAUUGCUGUUACUCUGGCAGCUCAUCAAGCUAUUGGACUGAAGGGAAUCCUAAUUGUUGGUACUGAAGAGCAGAAAGCCAAGUAUCUGCCUAAACUAGCAACAGGAGAGCAUGUUGCAGCUUUUUGUCUUACAGAACCAGGAAGUGGGAGUGAUGCAGCAUCAAUUCAGACCAAGGCAACUCUCAGUGAUGACGGACAGUGCUAUUUACUCAAUGGUUCAAAGAUCUGGAUAUCAAAUGGCGGAAUUGCAGACAUUUUUACAGUAUUUGCACGAACAGAAAUGGUUGACAAAGAUGGUACAACCAAGGACAGGAUCACUGCUUUUGUGGUGGAGAGAGAAUUUGGUGGCAUAACCAGUGGGAAACCAGAAGACAAGCUAGGAAUCCGUGGAUCCAAUACAUGUGAAGUUCACUUUGAAAACACCAAAGUUCCAGUAGAAAACAUCCUGGGGGAAGUAGGAGGUGGUUUUAAGGUGGCCAUGAGGAUCUUGAAUAGUGGACGAUUUAGCAUGGGGAGUGCAUCUGCAGGAAUGAUCAAAAAGCUUAUUGAGAUGACAGCAGAGUAUGCUUGUACCCGGAAACAAUUUGACAGGAAGCUGAGUGAUUUUGGACUGAUUCAGGAGAAAUUUACACUGAUGGCGAUGCAAGCGUAUGUAAUGGAGAGCAUGGCUUAUUUGACUGCAGGAAUGAUGGACCGGCCAGGAGAGCCAGAUUGCUCUGUUGAAGCAGCCAUGGUGAAGGUUUACAGUUCUGAGGGUGCCUGGGUAUGCAUUAGUGAAGCAUUGCAGAUUCUGGGAGGCCUCGGCUAUAUGAAAGAUUAUCCCUAUGAACGAUUCCUCAGGGACAGCAGAAUACUUCUGAUUUUUGAGGGCACUAAUGAAAUUCUACGGAUGUACGUGGCCUUGACUGGUUUGCAGCAUGCAGGAAAAAUCCUUACUGGAAAAAUAAAAGAGAUGAAGAAAGGAAACAUUGGAGUUGUGUUGGAGCUUUUAGGAAAAAGAUUGGGAAGUACUUUUAAUAAAAAAGUGGAUUACGGCCUUACGGGCAAAAGUGGUGUUGUGCACCCCAGUUUGGAGGAGAGUGCCAAAAAAUUGGAGGAAAAUGUGUAUAUUUUGGGAUGCUCAGUGGAAAACUUACUAUACAGAUUUGGCAAGACAAUAGUGGAAGAGCAACUGGUGGUGAAGAGAGUGGCUGAUGUUCUUAUUAAUCUUUAUGCCAUGACGGCAGUUAUCUCGAGAGCUAGUCGCUCUAUCAGCAUUGGUCUUCGCAAUCAUGACCAUGAGGUUUUACUUGCCAACACCUUUUGCUCUGGGGCCUAUUUCCAGAAUAAUUACCUAUUGGCUCAACUACAGAAAAACUCUCCUGAAAACCUUGAUGACAGCAUUAAGAAAAUAGCGCAGCAAGUGCUGGAUAAGAGAGCAUAUAUUUGCUCUCACCCACUUGACCGAACAUUCUAGGACAUAUUCGACCAUAAACUGACUAUAGUUUUCUAAGUGUGUGCAUAUAAAUAUGGAUAUUAACACCAGGCAAUACAAUAAAAGUAAAACUAGAAUAAUUAUGUAAAGCUGAUUUACUGAAUUUAACUAAAAAUUGUGAAAUAUUUUAUAAAUUCUGUUUUGUAUUUGAAAUGCAAUAUCAUUCAGCUCUCCUGUUCACUAUUAACAAGUCUGAAGCAGUUCUACGCUUGAUUUACUUCAGUAGCAAGAAUGACAGCAACUCAGCAUAUGGCCCAGUAUUCAAGUGCAUCAGAUAUUGGUUUGAUCAAUGAAAUGUACAAAAGCACAAAGCCAUAAACAAAUGGGUUAGUUGUCUAUCCAUUUCUAUUUUCAGGGUGGAUUAGAGUACUUCUGUGGGAGGAUUGUUUGUUUGGAGGAGAUGAGUCUUCUCCAUUUCCCCAUUUAGUGGAUUGAGCUUACGAUUGUAAAUCCGUGAGCGCUUAUUGCAGUAUACACUAAAGAAAAAAGUGUGGGAAUAGGUUAAUAUGGAUUUCAUAAAAAAUAAUAAAGCCAUGAUAUUAAUACAGGUUAAGAGAAAUCAUUACAGGUUUCACCUAAGGAUUGAGACUGUUCACUAACCGAGUAGAGUAAUGGGAAGCUGAAAUACAGUAAUUACAUAGGAGGUCAUAAUAUGGUAUUUCUGGAUCUGGGACCAGCGUUAUUCUGACGUGCAUUUAUCGAGGAUAAAGAUAAUUUCUGUGGUUGUAUGAAUCCUAGAUUUGUUUACUGAUUUUUCAAUUGUCAGCCUCUGCUGGUAUCUGUGUUAAAACUAAUUAGUGGUAUCUUUUGAUCAUUCAACUAAAUAAUGCUGCCCAAAAGACUGCCACCAGAAUUCAUUCAAUCCAGUUUAAAAGAAUGUGAAGUUCCUUCACUGUCGCUGGGUCAAAAUCCUGGAACUUCCUCACUAACAGCACUGUAGGUUAUUUACAUCACAUGGAUUGCAGUGGUUUAAGAAGUUGGCCCACCAACACGUUCUUGAGGGCAAUUAAGGAUCGGCAAAAAAUUGCUGGCAUAGCCUAAGUGAUUUCCGCAUUCCAUGAAAGAAUGAAUUUUUUAAAAUGGGCAUUUUACCCUAGAAGAAGUCUGUGUGAAAAUGCUUAAUCAGAAACUGUCCCCAUUAGGGAUGCAAUGUUAUAACAAUUGUUCUGCUGAUUUAGUUUAUAAAUUUGCCUUUAAGUGCCAUUACCAUUAAAGAAGUUGCACAACUUACAUGUACAAGUAACCUUCAAAGGUUGAACCAAUUAAUUUUAGUAAUACUGUUAUAAAAACUGUUUCAAAUCAAUUUUGCCAAAGCA